AGAGAAACAGUGCAAAGCUUCAACCGGCCGCCGGCAUCAACACAGCAGUAGCCCGUCUGAAUGUGUUCAUUCGUCCAACUGUUUAGUGAAUGUGUCUUGGAUAGCAGCAGUUCUGUUUGCUGUCGGGGCAAAAAAGAAGAAGUAUAAAGUGAAAAUUGCCGUUGUGACUCCAUACUUUUCACGAAGUGUUUGUUUAUUACAUUCAACGCGAGCUACGAGUACGCGCGGGUGUGCAGUAUUAAAAUGACUUUGCUUUCAGAAGAGGAAGGCCUCAUAUGGCAGUCGGGAGUCGCGACUCUUCGAGGAACGCAGAUCAAAUUUCGUCUCUCGGAUUUACAAACGUUGGAUAUUCAAACACCGUGUCCGUUCAAAGUUGGCAUGCGUUUCGAGGCUAUUGACCCACGUCAUCAGAGCACAUUUUGCGUUGCCUCAGUGGCAGAGGUGCUAGGGAGUCGAAUGCGAGUUCACCUUGAUGGCUAUCCAGACGUAUACGAUUUUUGGCUAAAUCACGAUUCAUGGGGCAUAUUUCCGUGUGGAUUCUGUGAAAGCUCAGGGAGGACUUUGAGUGUGCCCCCGUCAGAGGGAACGACCUUUUCGUGGUCAUCCUACUUACGGCGCAUCGGGGCACAAGCCGCCCCUCGAGUGUUGUUUCGACCGCAUGGUGCCGAUAACGGAGGCAAGUGUGCUGCAGGUGUUUCCAUCGGAGAUCGCCUCGAGGCAAAACAACGCAGAGCUCCAUUCCGCUGGGGAGUUGCACAAGUGAUUGAUCGACUAGCAGAACGCAUUCUUGUUCAUUUUGAUGGGACAUCUGGUGAUGAUUAUGACCAGUGGUAUAUUCUUGACUCCCCGUACAUCGGGAGCGUCGGCCAUUGCGAUCGAAACGAAGUCUCACUAAGCGUUUUGCCACCGACAUUUACAACAUGGGCACAGUACCUUCGUGAACAGCAAAGCAAGUCCAUUGUGUCCCCACAACGGCGAGAGCCCCACUCAAUUCUGCUAGGAGCAACCUUUGAAGUGGUCGACCCAUACAAUAGGCGACUCAUAAGAAGAGCGCAGGUGGUCAAGGUAAAGCCCUUCUCAGUCCAGCUGCGAUUUGAAGGUUGGACGCAAUCCUAUCAUGACUUCUGGGUUGAUGCCGACUCUGAGGAUUUACACGACCCUGGAUGGUGUGUUGCAAACGUUCACCCACUGGAACCCUCGGGACCAGCACGCCGCUCAGAAGCCUGUUCUGCAGCUCCGGGCUGCCGAGGUCUGGGCAGCGUGCAGAGUCCCGGGCAUACGACGCACAAUUCUCCUCAGUUUUGUCCAUAUGCUCGACACAAUGUCGAACGAAUUCUGCCGCGUCGGGUGGAGACUCGCAGUGUCCGUGGGUGGGGAGGUGUUCAUCUUGGACACAAAGCUGCAGCAACUGGCGAAAAUACAUUACGAAGAGCGGUUCAUGAUAGCAUAUUCGCCUGCUUGCCGCCGCCUUCAUCCUUAGAAACUGACUACAGAAGGAAAAAUAACUUACAGGGAACAGUUACAGAGGCCGAUGUCGAACAGUGGGAUGUAGCUCGAGUUGCAAAUGAGGUCAGUCGCGUUACCGGCCUUCCAUCACUAGGUAACGUUUUUCGACAAAACGCCGUCGACGGUGUAGCAUUGUUGUGCCUUCGUCGGGAAGACCUCACUGAUGUACUUCGUCUAAAGCUAGGAGUCGCGCUCAAGGUUCAUAGUCUCGUCGCUCAUCUUCAAUAACAACUCAUCUUCAACGGGUGAUAACGCCAAGCAAGUCUGUGUCGUCUAGUCAAAAAAGGCGAAACGGCGGCUAAUCUUUAGUAUAAUAAUUGUGUAAACUUAUGAGACAUAUAUGUAUGUUGAACGUUUAGUAAGACAAUCUUGGAAGAGGAAAGAAAAAUAACUGCAUUUCGCGUGUUAAGCGCCGGUUCUUAGAUCCGAUGAUAGAUAGUGUUUAUAUUGAGUUCCCUAUGUAUGAAGCGGCUUCUACUUUUUCAUAAAUAUCGUUUGUGUAUUUUAAUUUUACAUCUAAGCCGAUUAUUUUAUAUCAGCUUGUAAGGAACAGGUUGAACGAUAAGGUUGUCCAAACAGUGACAAUAUAUCGUACGAAGUGGUUCGGUGCAGGCUAGCGCUCUUCCACUUGAUUCUUAUCACUAAUGAAGUCGAUUAUCUUCUUAUUUUUCCAUCUUUCUAAGUGGUCUGGAUUAGCUAACAAUUUCUUACACACAUUAUAUACAUACGUAUAGUAAAAAAGGCAAGGCUUUAGCUAUUUUUAGUAAUACACUCUAUAAAAUACUUCUAUGUUUGGGUAUAAAGUUUGGCUAUCCGGUGAUGGUCUCAAAUCUGUUGCGUACACGCGACGUUGAAAUAUACCUGAUGGGAAUACGGUGGUAGGUUGUUAGGUACUGCGCUGUCAGAUAUUAAGUGCAUUGCUGUGUUUAUAUAUUCUUCAAAUAUUAGAAGAUGUCUCUUGCGGUUAUGGAGGUUAGUAUUGUGGAAUGUUCGUUGAGUAUUAUCGCCCGAACUUAACUCAAGUUUACACAACUUGUAAAAAAAAAGACGUAAGUUUACGGCAAUGCUUGGUGUUUAUUCAAAGAAGGUUCAGCGGUAAAGCGGUGCAGAUAGAGUAAAUUUUUAAUGACACUUGAAUAGUUUUGAACAAGAAAGAUCUGCAAUCUUUCUUAUCUUUGUACCGAUAUACCUAAAUUUGUUACAAGCACGUAAGUCAUCUAAGUGUAUUAAGCAAGCGUUUGAUAAAAUAGUGAUAGCAUCAGCAAAAGUUUAAUGAGGCAGGCUGUUCGGUCGGGCGAACCGUUUAAUUGGCUUCAUCAGUCUGGCAGUCUAGGUUGUGCUCUGACAAGAAAUGUAUCGUACAUGUAGGUUCCAUUAAAUCACCUGCUUACAUUAAGCAGAAACUACAUUACUGCGUAGAUCGAAGAUUGGUUUAAGUUACGUUGAGCCGCUUGACCGGAAUGAAAUUUUGCUCAGUAGAAAAAAAUGCUUUAACGAGGCAGCUCGUCUGCUCAGAUAGUCGUUAUCAUCUUGGCUAACACACGUUUAAUUUACGUAUCACUAAAUCACCUAUAUAUGUUAAACAUAAAGUAUAAUGAACAAUCGAUUGUCUGAAUUGAAGGGAAGGUAUUUCAUCUAAAAAGCAGUGCUAGCCCAGAACAAACAAUCCAAAUGUGGACCUUAUGCAUUUGUCAUUAAAAAACGAAGCGCUGAGUAAUGGUAGAAAUCUGUGUAAUAUAAUAGUACCCGUCAAUGGGAACUGUUUACAUGUACAGUUCGUGUAUUUAUAUAAAAAGCGGUACAGGAAGCAUGCGCUUAUGUGUACAAAUUGAAAAAUAUGAUUUAAGAAAGAAAAAUAAAUAUGAGUCAAUCAAAGGUCGUGGUGAUUUUUAUGCACGUAGGAAAACGUUUUUCUCUCUUUCAUUAAACAUUGUGCUGUUUUAAAUGGAGUCAAUGUAAAACAGGAAACAUUUGCAUGGCGAAUCUACGAUGUUUAAUAAAAGACUUUUCAGUUUGCAAGUAGCUAUGCAUUAGCGGAUUAUUCCGCAUAUUUAGUUUCUCUGUUAAAAAGGUUAUUUGAUUUUGCCUUCCAUGCAUUUGGUCGCUGAGUAUCUAGUCAGUCCAUGUUAAACUUUCUUUGUCUUUCGAGGUGGUGAUAGGAUAUCUCGUUAAAUAUGCGAUUAAUAAACUUUAUUGUUAUUCUUAAUUUUUGAGGUUUGUAGUUUCGGCCGAGAAACCGCUUACCGGGAUAAGUUUUCUAAAGUUUCUAGAAAAAGUUGAUACCUUCGGAGUCAGUUGGGUUUUUUUUGUCAUAUUUUUGGCGAACCCUUGCCAAUCCUUGUCCAACAAUAUAUUCACGGUAAAGGUUUCCGAAAAACUCUAUUUUGACGCGACUUGUAUAGUGUGUUCUUGCUGAGAUUAGUGGUUAGAUUAUGGUUUUAAAUUAUAUCCAUUUCAGGUGCAGAAACACAUAUUGAGAGGUUUUUACGUUAAUG